AUGGUGAAGCCACGACUAAUAAUCCUGGUGCGCCAUGCACAGAGCGAAGGGAACAAGAAUCGCGAGAUCCACCAGAUGAUACCAGACCACAGAGUGAAACUCACAGACGAAGGCCACAAGCAAGUGCGUUUCAUGCAUCCUGUGACACUUGCAAGCAGCGUUCCUGACUAACGACACAGGCAGAAGAAGCUGGACGCCGAUUACGACAUCUCCUGAGACCAGACGAUACGCUCCAGAUCUUCACAUCGCCGUAUCGACGAACGCGGGAAACGACGGAAGGGAUUCUCAAAACCCUCACUGCUCGAAAUGACCCAGACGAUCCGGAUGCGGCUCCCAGUCCGUUUAGUAGGAGCAAAAUCACGGUAUAUGAGGAGCCACGAUUGCGAGAGCAGGACUUUGGCAAUUUCCAGCCGUGUUCGGCGGAGAUGGAGAGGAUGUGGGCUGAAAGAGCGGACUACGGACACUUCUUCUACAGGAUACCGAAUGGAGAGAGCGCGGCGGAUGCAUACGAUCGGGUUUCGGGCUUUAACGAGAGUCUGUGGCGGCAAUUCGGAGACGCAGAUUUCCCAUCUGUCUGCGUCCUAGUCACGCAUGGGUUGAUGUCCAGAGUAUUCCUCAUGAAGUGGUAUCACUGGAGCGUGGAGUACUUCGAGGAUCUACGAAACAUGAACCAUUGUGAGUUUAUCGUAAUGACCAAGAACGAAGAGACCGGGAAGUAUAGACUUGAGAACAAUCUUAGAACAUGGUCAGAGUUGAAGAGGCAGAGACAAGAGAAAGCGAAGGACCUUCAGCGACGUAAUACGUUGUCGAGUUUUCUAAAGAAGAGUGACGAUAGCCCGACGCUGCCCCCUAGGAAGUGGGGAGGCUGCACGGACGGAUGUAGUCAUGGCAACGACAGGUAUCCAAGACGAACUGUUCAGAACAAGAAGCAGCUUCAAGAAGAGCUUCAGCUACCACCUGCCGCCACAACGUCAAAAGCCAACAGCAAUGAAGCGGAGGACCACCAAAUAGCGAGAGUUGACCUGGCUUCCAAUGGUCGGCAGUCACAUUCUCCUAUCCAGGAGGAGCUCAGUGAUGGCUCUUCAGAUUCCCCGCCUCAAUUCCAAAUCCCGUUCCGGCCAGCUAUGCCCUCGUACCUCAAGCAAGGUCGUGACGGUGGCGGGACUACUUUUGGGCCAGCGACUCCGCAUGAGAUGAGCGAGGAUGAAGGGGUUGAGUAUUUUGCUAAGCAGCAGACCGGGAGCCUUGCUCAAGCGAUGCGAAAUGCUCCGCAACGAAAAGCGACUCCCGAAGACAUCGAGCGUUGGGCUCAUGAGAGUGGCAUGAAUGCGGGUAAAAUGGCCGAUGCUCUAGGCGAUGAGCCGGAGGAGUGGUCGGAUGGUGGUCAAGAUGGCAUGGGGUCUAAGCAAAAGCUCGACCGUGGAGUAACUGGACUUGAAGACAUUGAAGAGGCUGAAAAGGAGGAUAAAGGUUUACGAGGAAGCGUCUAUUGA